UUGAUUCAACCCAACAAAUUGCCACCUGUUUAGAUGAUGCACGUGUUGGAAAACCAAGACAUGCAGCUCUCAGAAUGCCACUCACCACCGCUUCUAUAUAGAGCCACCUUUGCAAAGUGCAAUGAAUCACUUCUACUCCAUCCAGCUUCUGUUCUAUCACACUUUGUUGAUAAUGGAGCCACGCAAAGCUUUCUCAGCUAUACCACUUUCUUUGGUCUUGAUCUUCUUAUUGCUUACCAUUUCCAUGUGUAGAGGGAAGGAAUCAUCAAGUGAGGAGGACAAAGCUCAUGAGGGACCAGUGGUGGAAAAGGAUCAGCGGAAGACAUUGCUUGCCACUGAAUAUGGAGAGAUCUCAGCCACUGAUGUUAAGGGUGGACACAGAGCACCACCCUACCAUCUUCAGUUCUUCACAUUGGAUCCAAACUCUGUGUUUCUUCCUGUACUUCUUCAUGCAGACAUGAUCUUUUAUGUUCAUACUGGAAGCGGAGAGCUAACCUUUGCAAAUGAAGGUCAUAGUAGAAGUAUUCAUUUGCGUGAAGGAGAUCUCUGCAGCCUCCCAGAAGGAACUGUUUUCUAUAUACAGAGUAACUUGGAGGCAGAGAGAAGGAAACUUAGGAUUUAUGCAAUGUUUACCAGUUCAGAUGACAGCACUUAUGAUCCAUCAAUCGGUGCUUACUCAAGGAUCAACAAACUUGUCAAAGGCUUUGAUAAGAAAAUCAUGCAAGCAGCUUUCAAGGUGCCGGAAGAUCUGAUUGAAGCAAUCACAAACAAGACUGAGACACCAGCAAUAGUGCAUGCGGUUCCAGAGAAGACAAAGAAGAAGGACACGAUCUGGGAAUUGGAGGAAUCGUUCCUUAGAAACUUUUUAGGCUUUCAGUUAAAUUCCAAGAAAGUCAAAGCAUAUAACAUAUUUGAUCAUGACCCUGACUUCAAAAAUCCUAAUGGUUGGACCUUAACAGUGACCAAAAAGCAACUAAAAUCAUUGAAGCGUCACAACAUUGGAUUUCUGAUGGUGAAUUUGACUGCGGGAUCAAUGUUGGGGCCGCAUUGGAAUCCAAGGGCAACAGAGAUAAAUGUGGUGCUGCAAGGAGAAGGCAUGGUUCGAGUGGUAUGUGGAAGCAGCAAUGAUGAUGACAAAGAAGAAUGUCAAAACAAGAGGUUUAAGGUUAAGCAAGGUGAUGUUUUUGUGGUGCCUAGGUAUCAUCCAAUGGCUCAAAUGUCAUUAAAAAAUGAGCCACUAGUUUUCUUGGGAUUUAGCACUGCUGCAAAGGAGAACCAUCCUCAGUUUUUAGCUGGGGGUAAUUCAAUGCUUAAAAUUCUAGACAGAAAGAUCUUGGCUACCUCUUUCAAUGUCAGUGAAGCAAGCAUUGACCAGCUACUAGCUUCUCGUGAUGAUUCAGUCAUGUUUGGGUGUGGUUCAUGUGCGGAGGAAGAGGAGAGGAUCAUGAAGGAAGAAAAGGAGAAGGAAAAGGAGGAGGAAGAGAAGAAAAAGAAAGAAGAGGAAGAGAAAAAAAGAGAGGAUGAGAGGGAAAAAGAGGAAGAUGAAGCUAAAAAGAGACAAGAAGAGCAAAGGAAGAGAGAGGAAGAGGAAGCGAAAAGACAACAAGAAGAGAGGGAGAGGAGGCGAGAAGAGGAGGAAGCUAGAAGGCGAGAAGAGGCAGAGAGGGAGCAAGAAGAAAUCAGAAGAGCAAGAGAAAGGAAGAGAGAAGAAGAAGCAGAGAGGGCGCGAAAGAGAGAAGAGGAGGAGGCUAGGAGACAAAAAGAGGCAGAGAGGAAGCAAGAAGAAGAAGCAGAGAGGGAGCAGGAAAAAGCUAAAAGAGAACAGGAAAAGAGGGAGAGGGAAAGAGAGGAGGAAACUAGAAGAGAAAGGGAAAGGGAAGAGGAAGCUAGGAGAGAAAGGGAAAGGGGAGAGGAAGAGGAAGAAGAAGCAGCUAGAAAACAGAAAGAAAGGAAAGAAGAGGAAGCAGAGAGUGAGGAAGAAGCAGCUAGAAGACAACAGGAAAAGAGGGAAAGGAAGAGAGAAGAGGAGGAAGAAAGGAGAAGACAGGAGAAAGGUGCAGAAGAAGAAAGAGAAGCAGCAGAGAGGGAGGAAGAAGCAGCUAGAAGAGAAAGAGCUAGAAGAAAGCAGGAGAGAAGAGAAGAGGAAGCAACAGAAGAAGAGAGUGAGGAAGAAGCAGCUAGAAGACAACAGGAAAAGCGGGAAAGGAGGCGUGAAGAGGAGGAAACUAGGAGAGAGCAAGAAAGGAGAAGAGAAGAGAGAACAGAAAGGGAGCAAGAAAGGACAAGAGGAGGAGGGGGAGAAGAGGAAGCAGCUGCUAGAAGACAACAGGAAAGGAGAGAGAGGAGGCGAGAAGAAGAGGAAGCUAGGAGAGAGGAACGAGCAGAUAGGGAGAGAGGAGGAGGAAGAAGGACACAUAGAAGGGGAGAGCAGGGAAGAGGCAGAGAAGAAACAGAAGCUGAAUGGGAGCAAGAAGAAGCCAUGAGACAGCAAAGAGAAAGGGACAGGAGGAGAAGAGAGCAAGAUGGUGAUAAUGGGAAAAGCAAAGCAAGCAGCUUUGAAGGAAGGAGAGUUUUGAAGAUGCGACAUGUUUGA